ACCAGAAUGCGAACUCAACAGGCCGUUUGCACCAUUUCUCAUCGGUCAAGAUAUGGGCACAGAAUCGAGCUACAGUCGGCGCAUCGAAAAGCCAGACAUGAAUAACGCCAAUACCAGAGUCAAAAGGGAUAACGUCAAUCUUGACGUCACACCACCCAUCUACUACGACUCUGAGCCAUCAGCACAGCCACCAAAAUAUCCCGACGGCCAAUUCACCUCAACUGAGUCACGGAGUAAGGCUAUAGAUCAAUUCAGCGCCGGUGCACCCGCAAGUACCAUCGCGGCAGUCCUCGGUUCUGACUACGUCGAUUUGGAUGCUCAGCGACGGGCAGGCCGCAAGAAGAAGACUAUUCGCGAGCGGUGGAAUGAUUUCAAAGAAAGAAAUUUUGGUGCAUACGAUAUAUCAGAGGACAGAGCUGGGGCGGCGAGUGCAGCGGAAUGGAAUAUGCAGGGCGGGAGAAUAGGUGGAGGACUGGCGACGCCGUAUCGGAGAAGGAAGUGAAGGUGACACUGUAAAAUAUCGAGGCCAUCUUCUAGCGGACUCUAAGCGACCCGCAUCUGCAGAUUUGGCACCGCCGACAUAGCUUUAUCUGUUGUAAGAGAUCUUUCCUAAAGCCCGUGUCAUUGUCCCGCGAGGUCUCAACUUCAACAGAGAAUUGCGUGUGACCGCGCAGGACUGUUACAUCGUAUUCUUCCUCAAUGAGGAAUCUCAGUGGGCCUGUAUUAGUAUAGAGGCCUUGCCACGUUAUAGAAUAAUCUAAAAGCACUCCAAGGGAAGUUAUAUAGACAGGUCAUCGAAUCACGAACCAC